AUGGAAUACGCAAGACUCGGCGCCAGCGGUCUCAAGACCUCCCGCAUCAUCCUCGGCACCAUGUCCUACGGCGACCCCCGGUGGGCCGGCUGGGUGAAGAACGAGGAGGAGUCCCUCCCGCUGCUCAAGGCCGCCUGGGACGCAGGAAUCAACACCUGGGACACGGCCAACAUCUACUCCAACGGCGCCAGCGAGCGCAUCAUCGCCAAGGCGAUCGAGAAAUACAACAUCCCACGCAAGAACCUCGUGAUUCUGUCGAAAUGCUACUUUGGCGUGCCGGAUACCAUGGACCACAGUAUCAGGGACCCGAAGGAGGGGAAGAUGUGGGUGAACAACAAGGGCCUGUCGAGGAAACAUAUCUUGGAGGCGGUGGAUGAGAGUGUUGAGAGGCUGGGGACGUACAUUGAUGUGUUGCAGAUCCACCGACUGGACAGAGAGGUCCCUAUGGAAGAGAUCAUGAAAGCCCUCCACGACGUGGUCGAGAGCGGAAAGGUCCGCUACAUUGGCGCCUCCUCCGUGUUCGCCUGGGAAUUCCAGAUGCUCCAGAACAUCGCCGAGAAGAACAGAUGGACCAAGUUCAUCUCGAUGCAAAACUACUACAAUCUCCUCUACCGCGAGGAAGAGCGUGAAAUGAUCCCCUACUGCAAAGCCACCGGCGUCGGCAUCAUCCCCUGGUCACCCCUCGCGCGCGGCGUCCUCACCCGCCCCUUCGACUCCCGCGAGACGGUCCGCGAGAACACCGACGACUUCCUCAAGUACAGCCGCAAGCAGGAAUCCGACACGGACAAGGUGAUCACUGGGCGCGUGGAGGAGAUUGCAAAGAAGCACGGCGUCAGCAUGGCGAUUGUCGCGACGGCGUGGGUGCUGUCGAAGGGCGCGAGUCCCAUCUUGGGACUCGGGAGCGUGGACAGGAUUGAUGAGGCAGUCAAGGCGCUGUCGUUCAAGCUGACGGAGGAGGAGACGACGUAUCUGGAGGAGGCGUACUUGCCGAAGGUGCCGGUGGGUAUUGUGGUUUGA